CGAAAGUCACCGCCUUGCAUUGUUCCUGUUCAAGUUGUUUCGCCGGAGUGAACAUUGCUGCACUCAUAGCUGACAUUCCCGGACAAGAAGCAAUUCAUUAGUCAGCAGGAAUACAUCAGGUCUUGGAUACGACAGAAGCUGCGAUCAUCAUACAUCAAGGAUACACAGUGAGCUGGAUGAGUUGUCGGAUAUGCCUGAGGACGAGGCAAGAGAGCGUGAGGCCUUCUAUUCCCAGUACUACUCUCUCGUGUCUGCCGGUCGUGCCUUGAUCCAGAGCCAUAGCAAGCUGUCGCCCCCUGCGCAGGACACUGUGUCACCGGUUUGCUCUGAAGUACAUUCACACAGACGUAAGCAGAAAACAAAGUGGAUGCAAUCGCAGGAGACGUUGAAGGAGGGUGCCUUGGUUGUGAUAAAGGACAAGUCCAGUCAACCAAUCAUGUGGUUGCUGGGGCGAAUUCUUCGAGUGCUUCCGGGUGAAGAUGGAGUUGCAAGGGUGGCAGACAUUCGCACCAGGAAGGGCGUAAUCAGACGGGCCUUCAAUAUGAUAUGUCCCCUGCCGACUGUAAAUAUUGAAGAAGACUCUUCAACGCGGGGAGUAUGUAUGAGUACGUGCGCGCCUGAUGAUCGCGUAGGGCGCGGGCGACGCGAAGGGGCGGGGAGUGCCGGCGACGAUGCGAGCGCAGCGCCGACGUAUUAAAUUGUCAUCCGCGACGCCGAGCCGUCAACACAAUAUUUCUUUAUCCGCGACGCCAAGCCGUCCAUAGUUUUGUAUAUUUUUAUAUUUUAAAUUUCAAUAUACGAUACAAAAAAAAUACAGUCCACUUCAUUAACCAGCAUCGGGUACCAGUUUUCCCUAACCAUUACGGCACAGGGC